UACUGAAAUGAAAACGAAAGUAAGCAGAGAUGGAUACCGCUGUCAGACUGGUUGGCAGUUACACUUCUCGUGAUAAAUUUAUCAGGCUUUGUCAGUACAUCUUGAAAUUUUUGGCUGGUCAACAGAAGACUAACGCUGGGAUUAGGCUUGGUGUUAUUUCAUCGGAGCUAGGGGCUUGUCGUACCGUGUUGAGAUUGUUUGACGAUGUGCCUAUGUUUGCGUACUCCCUUUCUUACGGGUUAGGUAGAAAGGAAAAAAACACAUGGCUUCGUUGUUUACAGCUACUCGGCAACCUGGCAAACCAGGUGUACUACCCGUUGGAGCAUAUAGCUUGGUUAGCGGACAGAAAGAUCCUGGAAAGGAACUCUGGACCAUGGGGACUAGCCUGCCUUGUAGCAUGGGCAGUGUCCCUUUUAACUGAGAUUUUCAAGUCAAUAUUACAAAUACGGCUGAUCAGACGUGCACAGAUCCAACUGCUUAAAGAGAGGGAGCUGGAAGCACAGGAAGAGAGAGAAACAGCUGAGAUGUCAACUAGUCUUAAAGGUCAAAUCAAAGUACUGAAGUCACAGGAGCGGGAGUUGUAUCUGGCAGUUAUAGAACACUUAACAGACCUUGUCAAUGCCAUCAACUGGCUGCCACCAGGAUUCUUGUGGUCUGGCAAGUUUUCUGCUAGAUUCACAGGUGCCAUGGGAACAAUUUCGUCAGCUAUAAAGUUGUACAGGUUUCAUAAAAGGACUGAUAGCUCCUGAAUGUAGCAUUAUUCAUAGUUUGAAACAAAAGCAGAUCAUGAGAUGUAUGUUUGUUAUAAAAUGUAAGAAGUUGUCUGGUACUCAUAACCGAGCUUUUUAAAUGUAAUGUAAACUUUUAAAUCAUUGGUAGGCGUUUCAUACUUCAUUCACAUUGAAACACCAAAUUAUGUUUUACUGUGAAUGAUAGAAUUAUCCUGAGCAAUAGUUUGUGUUACAUACAUGUAUUGUGAUUAUUUUGUGCCAUUAUAAUUGUGGUCUGCCACUGGAUCAGCCUUUGUUUUUGUUUUCUUUUAAUUUACAUUAUCUGUCACAAGUACAAUGUUAGUUCAAUGUGUUUUAAUUAUCUCAAUUAUAUCAAGUUAUUUUCAGAGCACUACUAAAUGAAUGUGGAAAGAGCCAUUUUUAACGAAAACCUGGUUAUUAUAAUGAUGUGUGUCAUUGGGCUAAUAUCUUCAAAUGGUGAUGUACAGGCUCUCUGUUUGACUAAUAUUCCCCAAUAAUGAUGUACGGGCUCUCUGUUAGGCUAAUAUUCCCCAAUAAUGAUGUACGGGCGCUGUUAGGCUAAUUUUCCCCAAUAAUGAUGUACAGGCGCUCUGUUUGGCUAAUAUUACCCAAUAAUGAUGUACGGGCUCUCUGUUAGGCUAAUAUUCCCCAAUAAUGUUGUACGGGCUCUCUGUUAGGCUAAUUUUCCCCAAUAAUGAUGUAUGGGCUCUUUGUUAGGCUAAUAUUCCCCAAUAAUGAUGUACGGGCGCUCUGUUAGGCUAAUAUUACCCAAUAAUGAUGUACGGGCGCUCUGUUUGGCUAAUUUUCCCCAAUAAUGAUGUACGGGCUCUCUGUUAGGCUAAUUUUCCCCAAUAAUGAUGUAUGGGCUCUCUGUUAGGCUAAUAUUCCCCAAUAAUGAUGUACGGGCGCUCUGUUAGGCUAAUAUUACCCAAUAAUGAUGUACGGGCGCUCUGUUUGGCUAAUUUUCCCCAAUAAUGAUGUACGGGCUCUCUGUUAGGCUAAUUUUCCCCAAUAAUGAUGUACGGGCGCUGUUAGGCUAAUUUUCCCCAAUAAUGAUGUACAGGCGCUCUGUUAGGCUAAUAUUCCCCAAUAAUGAUGUACGGGCGCUGUUAGGCUAAUUUUCCCCAAUAAUGAUGUACGGGCUCUCUGUUAGGCUAAUUUUCCCCAAUAAUGAUGUACGGGCUCUCUGUUAGGCUAAUAUUCCCCAAUAAUGAUGUACGGGCGCUGUUAGGCUAAUUUUCCCCAAUAAUGAUGUACAGGCGCUCUGUUUGGCUAAUAUUCCCCAAUAAUGAUGUACGGGCUCUCUGUUAAGCUAAUUUUCCCCAAUAAUGAUGUACAGGCGCUCUGUUUGGCUAAUAUUACCCAAUAAUGAUGUACAGGCGCUCUGUUUGGCUAAUAUUCCCCAAUAAUGAUGAACGGGCUCUCUGUUAGGCUAAUUUUCCCCAAUAAUGAUGUACGGGCUCUCUGUUUGGCUACUAUUCCCCAAUAAUGAUGUACGGGCUCUCUGUUAAGCUAAUUUUCCCCAAUAAUGAUGUACGGGCGCUCUGUUUGGCUAAUAUUACCCAAUAAUGAUGAACGGGCUCUCUGUUAGGCUAAUAUUCCCCAAUAAUGUUGUACGGGCUCUCUGUUAGGCUAAUAUUCCCCAAUUGAUGUACGGGCGCUGUUAGGCUAAUAUUCCCCAAUAAUGAUGUACGGGCGCUGUUAGGCUAAUUUUCCCCAAUAAUGUUGCACGGGCUCUCUGUUAAGCUAAUUUUCCCCAAUAAUGAUGUACGGGCGCUCUGUUUGGCUAAUAUUUCCCAAUAAUGAUGAACCUCUGUUAGGCUAAUUUUCCCCAAUAAUGAUGUACGGGCUCUCUGUUUGGCUAAUAUUCCCCAUAAUGUUGUACGGGCUCUCUGUUAAGCUAAUUUUCCCCAAUAAUGAUGUACGGGCGCUCUGUUUGGCUAAUAUUACCCAAUAAUGAUGUACUGGCUCUCUGUUUAGUGUUAGGCUAAUAUUCCCCAAUAAUGAUGAACGGGCUCUCUGUUAGGCUAAUUUUCCCCAAUAAUGAUGUACGGGCUUCUGUUUGGCUAAUAUUCCCCAAUAAUGAUGUACUGGCUCUCUGUUAGGCUAAUACUCCCCAAUAAUGAUGUACGGGCUCUCUUUUAUGCUAAUAUUUCAAAGAAGUGAUGCACGGGCUGUCUGUUAAGCUACCAUUUUCCAGUGGUGAUGUACAGGCUCUCUUUAAAGUUUCUGUUCAAUUAGGUUUCUAUUCCCCAAUAGUGAUGUAUUGGCUCUCUUUAAAACAUCUGUUCUGUUAGGUUUCUAUUCCCCAAUAAUGAUGUAUUGGCCCUCUUUAAAGUUUAUGUGCUGUUAGGCCUCAAUUCCCUAAUAGUGAUGUACUGGACAUCUGUCCUAAUUUUCAUAUAUCGUUUAAAACUGAUUUAAUUUGAUUACGCACAAUGAACUGACUAAAAAUAUAUGUACAUGUAGUGAAAUGUUGAUUUUCUUUGAUACAAUUACACUUUAUUAAGUCAGGUCUCCAGAAAGUUUUGUUAUUGAAAUAUAUGCUUUAUAUGUUGUUGAAGUGGAAUGAAUUGUUAUAAAAUGUUUAUUAAAAGAAAUAAAAGAUGA